CCCAACAGUAAAAACACAGUGCCCAUGGCCUCAGAUCAGAUCUCACCUUCUCUCUCAACCACCCAACCCUUUUCCAACCACUAAAUCGACUCUGCUAGAUCGACCAUGGCUACCUUGCAAAAAUUCAAGCUCUUGGCCACGCAAUGCGCCGUCGUCGCCGGAAGCCCCACGCGCAGCCCGACCGCCAGCCCCGUCAUCCACCUCCGCCGCCGUAAAACCCUCCGCAUGUUCCUCACCCGCCCCGACCGCCGCCGCGUCCCUCGCUCAUCGGAUUCUCCUAACGACGAAGAUCGCGGAAAUGACGACCCGCCGGAGAAGAGGAAGGAGGAGGCUCGGGUCCGCCGUAAGCUCAAGGACCUGUUCGUGUCGUCUCCGCCGCCGCUGGAGGAUAACAGGAGAGGCGGGGAGGUGGGAGACGGUGAGGAGCGGGGAUUGCUGUCGGCGACGGGCGGCGGUGUCGGUGGCAUGGCGAGGACUCGGCGCGGCGGCGGGUUGUUGAGUCGGCCUUUAACGGCGUCGUUUAGGUGUAGAUUGCUGAAGAGAGCUUGGCGACCUGUGCUGGUUCCUAUUCCCGAGUAGUUGCAGUGAGUGUGAGAGUAGUAGGUGGUUUCAAUUUUGUUUAAUUAUCUGGUUCU